GCAGUAAGUCAAUCUCCAAUUUGCUCCCAGCAGUAGCUGGAAUACUACAGACAGACUGUAGUAAACUCACCAAAGGAGUUGGCAUAAGGUUUCAUCUGUGAUCAAGAUGGGCAAUGAGCAUUCCAAAAACAAAGGACAUACCAAAGAUAAGUCCGAGCAGGUUCUGGACAAGCACCCGGAAGGAGAAGUGAAUAGCCAUGCUGUAAGCAUCUUGUACGAUGGCCUGGAGAAUAGUGAUACCAGUGAAGCAGCUGUGGAGCAGAACAGUCAGCCUUCCUCACUGCCUCCCACUAAAGAGCCAGGUAUAGUGGAGGCAAACGGCAGUGGUUGUGCGCCUGUGGUGGUGGAACAGGAGCCUGUCAUUGAGAAUGUUCCAGAGGCGGAAGCAGAGACUGCUAAGACGAAAACCAUACCAGAACCGGAACCAAACCACCAAAAGAAGGAGCCCAAGGAGAGUUCAAAAGAAAGAGUGAACGUAUUUGACAACCUCUUCAAGAGGAAAGCUACACCUCAACCCAACCCUGAUCCAGCCCCUGAAAAGGAGGAUCCCAUAAAGGACAAAACUGUGGAGGAGAGUAAGAGUUCCCUGGAAGUCCCUGUAACGGUGACCGAUGGGAUCCACGCUGAGGCAAGCGAAGUCUUGAUGGCUGCACAUUUGUUUUCAAAGCAACUGGCAGUCGGAUUCUCAUUUCCGGAGGCAGAGUCUGAACUUUCAUCACUACUGGAUUUUUUUACGGCAGACCGCAUUCAAAUCACCACUGGAAGCUUUGAAGAGCAGCCAGUAACCACUGAAGAGCAGCCUACGGAGGAAAGUGUCAGCCCACCUGAAGAGGAGACAACAGAACUGGUCUUUGGUGAAGAACCCACAGAGGAUACAACUGUGGAGAAGAGCCCCGUACCCAAAGAAGAGCUGGAAGAAAUUGUAUAUGUUCUUGAAAAUGAAGCUGCUCUAUACUCAGCAAUUGCUGCAGAACUAGAAGAGCUGGAAGAAAUUGCAUAUGUUUUUCAAAAUGAAGCUGCUAUAUACCCAGCAAUCGCUGAAGAACUAGAAGAGCUGGAAGAAAUUGCAGAUGUUCUUGAAGAUGUAGCUGCUGUAGAGUCAGAAGAACUUGAAUCUAGCCCCAGUGCUAAAGAGAUGACUGAGAAAAACAAGAAGAACGAUGAAGGGAAAGAAACAAGCGACUCAUCAUCGAGGUUGCUCAGUCAGCUGCAAUCCGCAUGUAUGAAAAUCAUUAAAGAAUCAGUAUAUAGCCCUGUCCGUGUCUGUACUGAGGUGUCUGCAGAGGGCUGCGGCACUAUUAACAUUACACUUAAGGUCAGUCUAAGGCAGAGAAGGGAUUUGAAAUGUGAGGAUGAGACUUCUGCUGAAACAGCAUUGGAUAUGGAGUAAUUUACAGCUGAGGAGCAGGAUCCUCUUCUAAGAAUCUAGAUUCCGUGAAUAAAUUAUUUGACACUGGGAAUACCUACAAAAGGAGACUAAUUGCAGUACUAGUAUUAUAAUUGUUUUACUAAUCUGACAUGGUUAUAUGAUUGUAUGGUUUAUUAUACUGAACAAAAAUAUAAACGCAACAUGUAAAGUGUUGGUCCCAUGUUUCAUGAGCUGAAAUAAAAGAUCCCAGAAAUGUUACAAACGGCCAAAAAGCUUAUUUAAUUUCUCUCAGAUUUUGUGCACAAAUUUGGUUUGAGAAUUUGGCAGUACGUGCAAUCUGCACAACCGCAGACCACAACCGCAGACCACCUGUACGGCGUCGUGUAGGCCAGUGGAUUGCUGAUGUGAGCCAUCACUUUGCAAGCUAUCAUAAUGUGAAUUGCAGGCCUGAAAACCUCGAGUUUUAAGGCCACUGUACUAGGGUCAAACUAGGCCCUCAAAAUAAGUCCGUAUUAAAUACUUGUUGUAUUGUGUUAAAGACAACAUUGUGAACAGAGUGCCCCAUGGCGGUGUUGGGGCUAUGGUAUGUUUUGUUUACAUCCCUGUAAGUGAGCAUUUCUCUUUUGCCAAGAUAAUCCAUCCAUCAGACAGGUGUGGCAUAUCAAGAAGCUGAUUAAACAGCAUGAUCAUUACACAGAUGCAUGUUGUGCUGGGGACAAUAAAAGGCCACUCUAAAAUGUGCAGAUUUGUCACACAACACAAUGCCAUAGAUGUCUCAUGUUUUGAGGGAGCAAGCAAUUGUCAUUCGGACUGCAGAAAUGUCCACCAGAGCUAUUGCCGGAGAAUUGAAUGUUCAUUUAUCCACCGUAACCAUUCUCCAAUGUUGUUUUUGAGAAGGUGACAGUACAUCCAACCGGCCUCUCAACCGCAGACCACGUGUAACCAUGCCAGCCCAGGACCUCCACAUCUGGCUUCUUCACCUGCGGGAUCAUCUGAGAUCAGCCACAGCUGAUGAAACUGUGGCUUUGCACAACAAAAGUAUUUCUCCACAAACUAUCUGCACAGAAACCGUCUCGGGGAAGCUCAUCUGCGUGCUUGUCGUUCUCCCCAGGGUCUCGUCAUCCUCCUCAGGGUCUUGACCUAACUGCAGUUCGGCGUUGUAACUGACUUCAGUGGGAAAAUGCUCACCUUCGAUGGCCGCUGGCACGCUGGAGAAGUGUGCUCUUCACGGAUGAAUCCUGGUUUCAACUGUACAGGACAAAUCGCAGACCGCGUGUAUAGCAUCAUGUGGGUGAGUGGUUUGCUCUUGUCAAAGUUUUGAACAGAAUGUCCCAUGGUGGCAGUGGGGUUAUGGUAGGGGCAGGCAUAAACUACGGACAAACUACGGACAAAACUACGGAAAUUUCUAUGCACAGAGAUACCGUGAUGAAAUCCUGGGGCCCAUUGUCGUGCCAUUCAUCUGUCACCAUCACCUCAUGUUUCAGCAUGAUAAUGCGCAAGGAGCUGUACACAAUUCCUGAAAUCUGCAAAUCUCCCAGUUCUUAUAUGGCCUGCAUACUCACCAGACAUGUAACCCAUUGAGCAUGUUUGGGAUGAUCUGGAUGAACAACAUUCCACAGACCACAAUCAAUAGCCAGAUAAACUCUAUGCGGGGGAGAUGUGUGAGGCAAAUGAUGCCUCCUGUCUGCCGUAAAAAAGAUACCUUUUUUUAAAGGUAUCUGUGACCAACAGAUGCAUAUCUGUAUUCCUAGUCAUGAAAUCCAUAGAUUAGGGCCUAAUUUAUUUAUUUCAAUUGACUGAUUUCCUUAUAUGAACUGUAACUCAGUAAAAUCUUUGAAAUUGUUGCAUG